AGAAACAAUGUGAUUCAUGUGAAUGCGAUAGGCGAUAGUGAUAGGAGAUACCAUACAAAACACAUGAUUGCUCUCACUUGCCCUGAAUGGCGGUCCAUCUUCUGAAUGAUUGAGUGCUCGUGAAAAUCCUCCAAUCCUGGAGAUUGUAUUUGCGUACUGUACUCGCUUCCCUUUUAUCCAUCUACCUUGUUGUGGUACAUUGACAGUAAAAUUCAGAAAAUCAAACAGAUAUAUUGGUCUUCUGUUAUUGAUUUUGGCACAAUGUCUUUCCACACUAUGAAUUAUGCAUCCCAUGUCAUGGGUUAUGUAGAUAUGAACAGAAACCUGUAUAAGACAAGGUUGAGUCCAGCUCUAGCUGUACCUCCAUCAUCAAUUCUCUUGCGCGCUGAUGAAAGUGGUAAAUCUGCUGAAUCUAAGAAGGGUCCUGGUUCAAAUGCACCUUCAAAAAGCAGUGACUCUACUGUUUCUUUACCGAGUCAAGCGAAUACAGUAGGUAUUAUUGGAGGGGUGUCCGUGGUUUCUACACUGAAUUUUUUGAGAAAACUAGUGAAAUGGAGUUCAAAAGAUGGAGAAAGUUCCCUUCCUUUUAUACUUCACUCUGAUUCUGUGUUAUAUAAGGAGUUUUUAUCACAUGAGAGUUCUUUUCCUUCCCUCAGGAGUAAAAGGGAAUGUACUCAUUCAGACCCUACCACAAUUGUGGAGAACUUGCGGAGUAAAAGGGCUUUCCUAGAGAAUUCAGGAGCUCGUUGCAUAGUAAUGCCUUGUAAUAUUUCGCAUUCAUGGCAUGGUGAGGUUUCUAAAGGAUGUUCUGUUCCUUUCCUCCAUAUGGGUGAGUCUGUUGCCAGGGAGCUCAAGGAAGCAAAGUUGAAGCCACUUGAAGCUGGGAGUCAUUUGCGGAUUGGAGUACUUGCUACUAAUGCAACCUUAGCAUCGGGAUUUUAUCAGGAGAAGCUACAGAACGAGGGAUUUGAGGUGGUGCUGCCAGAUACAGCAACUAUGGAACAUACAGUAAUUCCUGCUAUUGAAGCUUUAAACAGAAAGGACAUGGAAGGAGCUCGCAACCUGUUGAGGAUUGCUCUCCAGGUUCUUUUAGUAAGGGCAGUGAACUCUGUAAUCCUUGCCUCUGAUGAUAUGCUGGAUCUUUUGCCUCGGGAUGAUCCUCUUCUUAAAAAAUGUAUUGAUCCAAUGGACUCAUUGGCCAGGUCAACUAUUAAGUGGGCGCAGUCUGCUGAAAAGGGGACAUAGAGAACACUGAAAAUGUGACUUUUUUUUUUUUUUUUUCUGGUUAGGAUGUUUCUUCAUUGUAAUUUCUACAAAAUAUUGUUUUGUAAUGUAAAAUUUGAUUCAUUUUCGUUUUUAUCAUGCCUGGGGAACAUCUGUGCUAUUAUUUUAUUUUUAUGAACUCAAUUGUGUUCAAUGAAGGUUAUAGAGGCAUGCAUUAGUCAAGUCUCACAUUGGUUAUGUACUAGUCUACCAGAUGAGAUCUUUGCUAUAUAAGUUACUCCAAUAAGUUCUAAUUGUAUUUUGGACUUGUAUGGUACAUUUUUCAAUAUAAAGGGUAUUCGGCUCUUUUGGAACGAGAAUACCUCUCACCCUUUAGAAUA